AUGUAUUUGACUUCACGGGCGUCGUUCGAAUUCAAUGGCUAUUCUUCCAACAAUGAUUCUUCGGAUCCUCUGAUUUCUCCCGGUCGCGACGGUCAUAUCCCCAUUUCAAGUGAAUCUCAGGAGAUUCAAAAUAACUCCCUGAAACCAUCUCGCAGAAUCAGAGAACAAAAAAGAGGCCAAGGAAACGAAACUCUGCUCGAUAGUGAAAUGACCAGGGAGAUUUCCCAUAAGGAAUGGAUCAGCAGAUUUCGUGCGUUGGACAUGCUUGAUAAACUAAUUUCCGACGCCGAGAGGAGUGAUCGGAGUGCCGUACUCGUGGAUGUUGAAGAUUUGAUAGAAUUGAGAGAGGAGUUCGAGUUCUUGCACAAGGGAGUCACCGAGUUAUCGAGACUCGCCGAUGACGUAAAACAGGUAACGAUCGCCGCAAAACAAUUUGCCGGCAGUAGAGCGAAAGAAUUGAAGAAAGGUGAAGCAUCGAAAAUGUUAAUUAAUCCGAAAUCGAGAUUUUCAAGUUGA